AUGUCCAUCUCAGCGGUCGUCUCUGAUAACGAGUCACACAACAUUGAGUUGGUACAGCACACACCAAAGAGAGACAAGGGACCCAUAAUGAAACCCGAAAAGGUUCGACUUGGUAGCAAGCCCCGUGAAGCCAGUCACCACCACCAUAUGGGUAUGUUUACGGACUCGGUCGUACCCAACCGUCCUGUUUACCCCGACAAUUUCAGCAACCAGCCUGGUGGCCAGCAACUGCCUACAGAGCAUACGUUCGAGAGAAUCCAAUUCAAGCAAGCUACACAGAACAACGGAAAACGAAGGGCUGCUCAGCAGUAUUACCAACUGGUCGUCGAACUCUGGGGCGAUGUUGGGACCCAAGGUGGCGGCGAUCAGUUCGUCAAGAUCGCCACACGCAAAUCUGCAAAAAUGAUCGUUCGAGGGCGCUCUCCAGGGCACUAUCAGAACGACAGGCGGGGAAGUCAAAGCAGUGGUCCGGGUGGAUCUUCGGGCAACCUGGGAGGCUACACUGUCGGCGGCAUGACUGAUUUCAGCACUUCCAUAAUGGGUGGACCGGGCUACGCACCUGGGGGGGGGGUUGAUGCUCGCAACAGCCUCUACAACGUUCGUCACCACGACAUACCACCCGAAUCGAUGAUCCCCCCAGAGGAUUCUAAGGCAAUCGGUACGACUCGAGAAUACCAGUACUAUGCAGGGCCCAUUUACGAAGGGCAUAGCGACCGAAUUGAGUUGUUCAACCCUCGAACGGACCGGGACACUGUCGUGCCGCACAUGGCUACGGGGAUGAUGGUGGGCAGUAAGAUCAAGCCGGACUAUGACGGCGCUGUCCUUCCCAGUAUCUUUCAUCCACCAGCCCAGAUGAACGACCGCCCGCCAGGACCCUUUGAAGGCAAAUCUACAUCGAGCGGCUACUAUCCGAUUCCCUCGUCGGGAAUCAACAUGACCAUGACAUAG